AUGGAUAUUACAAAGGGACUCAGUCAACCCCUUUGUGGAGCAAGCUGUGCAAUAUGCUAUAGCUGCAUCCAAGGUCUUGAUAUUACAAUCUUAGGAAGCAAUGAUUUCUACUCUUACAGAAAUCAGAUUGAAGCGCAUGGCUUACCUUUGACUCGAGAGUCAUUGGCGUCACUUCCUCCUUUUUCUUCAAUAACAUUUAAUCGAGUGGCUUCUAAUGGAACACUUCCUGGAGAGGAAUGCAAACCUAAGGUUGCAAAAACAGGACUUGGCUCAUCAGCAGCAAUGACCGCAUCAGUCGUUGCAGCACUCCUUCAUUACCUUUUUUGUUGUUACUCUUCCAUUUUCAAGCAGAAGCCAGUUAGAUGACAAAAUAUCUGAUUCAGAUCUUGAUUUAGUACACAUUGUUGCCCAAAGUGCUCAUUGUUUAGCUCAAGGAAAAAUUGGCAGUGGAUUUGUUCAAGAUGUGCUGAAGUAGUGCUUAAGCUUUUCCAAUCGUAGCAUCGAUGACUGCCCACACUUGAUCUUGGCAUUCAAGAAUUGGUUCCGACGAGCAAAUAGGCUGGCUACCAAUGAUGACAUUGUAGGUUGAGAAAAUAGUGGAUGUUGAUAUUAUGAAUCAUUCAAAUGAAAUAUCUUUUUGUUUGAAAUUUAUGUAUGUUGUAUAUGAUCCUUUCUCGAGAAACUAAAGAGACAUAAAUACA